AGCUUGAGGAGCCCUAAUCUUAUGAGUGCAGUAAAAAAGUAAAAUCCAGUUAGUCGCUGUAAGGAUUAGCUGGCAGUCAGCUGAACAGCAGCUGAGAGGUCCACCCCAUCCUGUGGCGUGUCUCUCCCUGCUGCUGUGCUGCUCCGUCAGCCUGCUCUGGGAGGACGGAGAUGGCAGACCCGGCGGAGUGCACCAUCAAGGUGAUGUGUCGCUUCAGGCCGCUGAACAGCUCCGAGGUGGCCCGGGGGGACAAGUACAUCCCCAAGUUUGUGGGGGAGGACUGUGUGCAGAUAGCGGGUAAACCAUACUACUUUGACCGUGUGUUCCAGUCCAACACAACUCAGGUGCAGUUCUAUAAUGCCGUGGCUCAGAAGAUCGUCAAAGAUGUGCUGGACGGAUACAAUGGAACUAUUUUUGCUUAUGGGCAGACGUCAUCUGGCAAAACACACACAAUGGAGGGGAAACUUCAUGACUCUGAAAUGAUGGGAAUCAUUCCUAGAAUCGUGCAGGACAUCUUCAACUACAUUUAUUCUAUGGACGAGAACCUGGAGUUCCACAUCAAAGUUUCCUAUUUUGAAAUCUAUUUGGACAAAAUUAGAGACUUGUUAGACGUAUCAAAAAUGAACCUCUCUGUACACGAGGAUAAGAACAGAGUGCCGUAUGUCAAGGGGUGUACGGAGCGAUUUGUGUGCAGCCCCGAGGAGGUCAUGGACGCCAUAGACGAAGGCAAAAACAACAGACACGUGGCCGUCACAAACAUGAACGAGCACAGCUCCAGGAGUCACAGCAUCUUCCUCAUCAACAUCAAGCAGGAAAACACCCAGACGGAGCAGAAACUAACCGGCAAGCUGUACCUCGUCGAUCUGGCUGGCAGUGAAAAAGUGGGUAAAACUGGAGCAGAGGGCACGGUUCUGGAUGAAGCAAAGAUGAUCAACAAGUCUUUGUCGUCGUUGGGAAACGUCAUCUCAGCUCUGGCUGAGGGUUCGAGCUACGUCCCAUACAGAGACAGUAAAAUGACCCGGAUCCUUCAGGACUCCCUGGGAGGAAACUGUCGGACCACCAUGGUCAUCUGCUGCUCACCUUCGUCUUUCAAUGAUGCAGAGACCAAGUCUACACUGCUGUUUGGACAGAGAGCAAAGACCAUCAAGAACACCGUGAGUCUGAAUGUGGAACUGACCGCAGAGCAGUGGAAGAACAAGUGGGAGAAAGAGAAAGAAAAAAACAAGACGUUGAGAAACACAGUCACUUGGCUGGAGAACGAGCUCAACCGUUGGAGGAGCGGAGAGAGUGUUCCAGUGGCGGAGCAGUUCGACAAAGAAAAAGCCAAAGCUGAAGUGCUGGCUCUGGACAGCACCCUCAACAAUGAUAAAACAUCCCCCAAAACCCCACUCAGCACCAUGCCUGGAGUCAAACUCACAGACGCAGAGAUGGAGAAGUAUGAGGCAGAGAUGGCCAAGCUCUACAAAGAACUGGAUGACAAGGAUGAUGAGAUCAACCAGCAGUCUCAGCUGGUGGAGAAGUUGAAGCAGCAGAUGCUGGACCAGGAGGAGGUGACAUCUAUCUUUGUUUCCUGUCUCUUCCUCUCCCCUCCACUAAGAGGACAAUAUAUUAAAAAUAAUUUACAGUCAGAAUGUAAACCAAUCACUCAAACAAUCAAAGGUUAUGGAGUCGAACUUGAGUUUAACUGGUUUAUUUUAACCCCUCAGCAACAGGAGAGCAGUGGUCUGAUUGAUGAAGAGUUCACCGCAGCCCGGCUCUACAUCAACAAGAUGAAGUCUGCAGUGAAGACCAUGGUGAAGCGCAGCAAGCAGCUGGAGAGCAGCCAGUCUGAGAGCAGCCAGAGGCUGGACGAGGCCGAGAAGGAGCUGACUGCCUGCCAGCUCCGCAUCUCCCAGCACCAAGCUAAAAUCAAGUCCCUGACCGACAGCCUCCAGAACGUGGAGCAGAAGAAAAGACAGCUGGAGGAAAAUGCGGACCUUCUACAUGAAGAGAUCGUCAGGAUCAAAGCUCAAGAGAAGGUCAAUACUAUGGAGAAGGAGAAUGAGAUCCAGUCUGCUAAUGAAGUAAAGGARGCGGUGGAGAAGCAGAUCCAGUCUCACAGAGAGGCCCAUCAGAAGCAGAUCAGCAGCCUGAGAGACGAGCUGGACAACAAGGAGAAGGUCAUCACUGAGCUGCAGGACUUGAACCAGAAGAUCGUUCUGGAGCAGGAGAGGCUGAGAGUGGAGCACGAGAAGCUGAAGGCUGCGGACCAGGACAAGAGCCGCCAGCUGCAAGAGCUCACAGUUCUGCAGGACCGACGGGAACAGGCCAGGCAGGACCUGAAAGGACUGGAGGAGACGGUGGCUCGAGAGCUGCAGACACUUCACAACCUGAGGAGACUUUUUGUCCAAGAUUUAGCCACAAGAGUCAAAAAGAAUGGACAGGACUUAGACGACACAGAAGGAAGCACUGUUCAGAAACAAAAGAUCUGCUUCCUGGAGAGUAAUCUGGAGCAGCUCACCAAAGUUCACAAGCAGCUGCUGAGGGACAAUGCUAACCUGCGCUGUGAGAUCCCCAAACUGGAGAAGCGCCUGCGAGCCACAGCGGAGCGGGUCCAGGCCCUGGAGGCUGCUCUGAAGGAGGCCAAAGAGAAUGCAGCCCGUGACCAGAAGCGCUACCAGCAGGAAGUGGAGCGCAUCAAGGAUGCUGUUAAACCUAAAAACAUGGGCAGGAGACCCUCUGCUGUGAUAGCCAAGCCCAUCAGACCGGGACAGCUGCCUGGAGCCUCGCCACUGAUCAGCAUCAACAGAUCUAACUUCAUGCAGAACAACAAAGGAGAGGACAAUGAAAGCAGUUGAGGUCACAGCAGGCAGCCAAACUAGAAACCAAGUUCUCAGAAGAGCAGCCAUAGCCUGGAGACGUUUCACAAACCUCCCCGUGUUGAAAUGUGUAAAUAAUGUAUAUUAGAGUGCUCCGACUCUUUUAAGCUUUCACUUCUACGCUCAUGAAGCAACCAAACCACUACCAAGCAAUCAUGUGUUUUCUGUUUUCACAAGCAGAGUUAUCAGCAUCUGAUGAAAGAAAAAUGUCAGCCUGCACUGCACCAAACAACAUGUACGUGUUAGUUUUGGUAGGAAAAAAAACAAUUAAUAUAUUUUUAAAAAGAAAGAAAACAAAGCUGAACAGUGGCUUUGGUGUUUACGACCUUCCUGUUGAUUCAAUCAGGUGAUUUGUCUUAAUGUGAACCUGGGGCCUCAUGUAUCAACAGUGUGUACGCACAAAAACCUUGCGUACCUCAUUAUCCACGCAAA